UGAAAUGAAAUACUUAUCAAGUAUUUUUGGAGACGAUCAUUGAUUGACCCUGCUUAUUUCGAUAGUUAUAUUAACUUCCUGCAAAUGAAUUAUGCACUUUUAUAAUUGCAAUAUAAAGUAUAAAUUGUUGCAUAAAUUUAUGUCGAGCUUAAUUAAUCAUGAAUAUUGUUCGGAGGCGGUACGCAAUUAGGAUUUCAUGCGCCAUUUUGUUGUAUUCCAAUUUCGAAGUACCUGUCUUCAUGUCUCCUGAUAGCAGGAUUACAGGAUAACAAAUGAGGUAUGAUAGGACAGCAAUCUGUCGAAGGUUAAAGUUUAUUCAGAUUGUUGUUGCAACCAGUUGCAACAAGAAAACCUGUCAUUAGAAAAUUUAACCUUGAUUAACCUCAAUAUUAAGUUCAGUAUGGCUCAGCAUCUUAAAAUCAUAGCAAACCAGGAGUUCGUACUAGUAAAUUGAAUGUAUGAAUAUUAAUAAUUGAAUUCGAAAGUAAAGAAAGGAGGAAAACUGUUUCGUUUAAUUAAUUUGAUUGAUCAUGACAAACGAAGGAGUAGAAACGAAUCAAGAUUUAGCUGCGAGACUUUUAGUCGAAGGUAGUACAUUAGUUGUACUGAACGUACCAAGCGGUACAGAAUUUGGAAUCGAUUUAAAAUUAUGGAACACGGAAAAUGAUUUUAAAGGCAUAAAAGUGAUUCCACCAGGAUUCCACUAUGUACAUUACAGUGCUGUAAAUGAAUUUGGAGAAACAGCACCUAAAAUUGGUUUUCUUCAUACAUUUAAGAAAUCUGAAUUUUUAGUCAGACGUUGGGACGUGAAAGGGGAAGACCUUAGUUCAGAAGUUGCACCAGAGGAAGUAGUUCAAAGGCUAAGGGAUAAUUUGAAAGAGCUAGACAGGUAUCUAGGAUGUUAUCCUUACGAUGUGUGGAAUCAAUGGAAGGAAUUAACAAAUCAUAUUACUCCUUCCAUAGUUGAACGUUGUUCACCUAUAUGUGGUUUUGUACGAUCGGCGUUAGAGCUAGAGCCGUGUAGCGAUGCUAUGAGACCAAGAGGUGGAAUAUCAAGUCCGAAAAAAAGAAGAAGGGCGCUUACUACUGAAGCAAAAGAGGAAGAAUUGCUUCCUGAUUUGAAACCUAAACCUGGAACAGAACUUCGGCUGUCCAAAUUGCCUGAUAAAAGUUAUCCAGACGAUGCAACACCAACUGAAAUCACAAAACAUUCUCUUGAUUCUAGUUACGCGCUAGACACGCUUCUCGAUACGUUAACAUUACCUAUGGAGAUUAUCGGCGAAAUGCAACUGGCAUUUGUUUGUUUCCUGGUUGGACAAAGUCUUGAUGCUUUUGAGCAUUGGAAAAAGCUGAUAUACCUUAUUUGCGGCGCCGAUUCUGCAAUAUUGCGGCGUCGUGUUAUUUAUAUCGAAUUUAUGAAAACAUUGGAAACUCAAUUAACCCAUGUACCAGAAGACAUGCUUUGCGAUAUUGUUGCCAAUAAUAAUUUUAUUUACUACAACUUGCGCAAACUUUUUGCAAAUAUUGAGAUCAAUUCUGAAUUGGAUGGACGUUUAAAGUCUUACACGUCUCGUUUUCGCGAACGACUAACCAUGAAGUUCUCGUGGGAUUUUUGUGAUUUACAGGAUGAGAACGAAGAUGAGGCCCCUGUAAUUGUCUUUUUGGAAUAAAAAUUUGUAACUAUAUGUAACGCUAUUGUAACACUUUUUGUUCAUAUACAAAUAAUAAAUUCUGAGAAAUA